AAACUAUACAAAGAAUAUUCGACAAAACAUGUAAUAUUAGUAUAAAUCAACCUAAAAUCCACUGGAAAGCUACGUACAUACAUAUAUACAAAAUAUGUAACUACAAAUGAAAGUGAAUAUGAAUGAUUGUCGGAUAGAAUGCAAAAAAUUAAAGGGGAAACACAGUUUUGCAAAUAAAAAUAAUAAAUUUGUUGCUAACUUUAUUUCGCCAGCAUAAAUUCAUUGAAAUUGAAGCACAAAAGUCACAAAGAUCUAAUUCAAAUCUAAAAUCAGUUAAAAAAACGAAGUUUCGUUCGGUCAACAAUGAAAACUAAUGUGUCUGUAUAAAAAACUUUGAAUCAAUAUACAAACACCAACAUCGCAUGGUUUCAUAUUAUAAUGUAGAAAUUUAGUGCCAGUCGCAGAAGCAGCUACAUACUUUAUAAUUCAAACAUAUGUUGGAUAUGACCACCCAGGUGUCCACUAUCGCUGCGUCAUCUCAAGCUAUUGCCGAGAAGACAACGGGUCUGAUGAGUACCCUUGAUUCGCCGCAGACAGUAAUCACUGACCAUAGAGCGUCAUUUUUCUUGAAAAAUUCUAGUGUUGAAGAAGUUGAAGUAUCAAAGGAUACACCAAACUCUUCAGUGAAGCCAUCCUCUUCACAGCCUACAAAAAAACUCUCUGCGAUUCCGAUAUCGACAAGUCGGGCCCAGUCAUAUAGACGAAAUUUGCCUUUUGUGAAAAUAAUACAUGCACCAUCUGUUUUAGGUAGAUCACUCAUAUAUGAUGUCGAAGAUACAUGCCUAAAUGGCAUAGCCGUUGAAUUGUCAAUGAUGCAGUGCGUUGAUAAUUGCACACAGACUGAUACUUUGCGUAACAAAGGACCUAUAUUUUUGACGAAUAAAGUAGCCGAACAAUUAGGAGUAAACGUGGAAGUUAAAAGAGAACACAAAAAUCAGAAGGAGAAUCGAAAGCAGAACUCAAUGUUAAAUGAGAUCUGUGAGGAGAACGAUGGGGUUCUUGCAAUUGCUCUGGAUAGAAAAAAUGAAAAUGGCAUUGAGAAGAAUUUGGGGGAAGAUGAAAACUAUGUGUUGUUCAGUGAAAUCGACUUUCUAGAUAUGAAGAGUGUGCGUAGUAGAGGUAAUGAAGCUACAUCUGAAAUAAAAAGUCCAAUCGGGUGCGAUAAUUUUUCUAAGAAACCCAUUAGUGUUUUGGAAAAUGAACAAUCUUCUAUAAAUUCUGAUAAUAUUAUCGAAUGCAAAACGCAUUCUAGUUCGGAAAGUUUUCUAGAAUCAGUUGAAUGUACUUGUAAUGCUGUUACACAAUUGAAUUGUGAUUGUGAACAAACUUUAGCGAAUUGCACUUAUCAAGAACGCAUUAUUGACUAUGACAAUUUCCGGAUUAUUGAACACGUUAUUGAUUGUGCACAUGAAAGUUAUUGUAAACAUGGUGAAAAAAUGAAAUGUGAUAUUUCUUGUAAAGAAACGGAAGAGCAGAACAUAGAAAAAAAUAAAGAAAUUAACUUAUCAUGCCGAGAGUUGGUGGCAUUUAUCGGUGAAAGUUAUCAAAUUAUCAAUAAUGAACAUCAGUCAAUGAUGCAGAACCAAGAGCAGAUUGAUAAACAUAUAUCUGUAGAGUCACCAUUAAUGUUAGAUACCCAUCAUUCCAGUAACGAUGAAGAUAUAUAUUGCUCUAGUGAUGCAGAUGAUAUCAUGGGUUCACAAUUUACAAAUACGAACUUAGAUGAAAAUUUGGAUAACAAUAAUAAUAAAGGUCAAUCCAAAGGUGUAGCACAAAGUUUUAAUGGAACUAAGAACCAAUCACCAGAGUCCAACAAACAAGCGAUUGGGACAACUAAUUCAGUUUCGAUUGAGCCAUCAAAACGAAGGAAACAGCAAACGAUAUCAACGAUUCAAAAUACCACGCCAUCAAUGGCAUUAGCUCUGAAGGCUCUAAAAUCAAAAUUGACGCCAUUGGCCCCAUCAUUUCAUCCCGCACGAAUAAAAUCACAAUCGACUUCAUCCACAACUAAUGCCUCAUCAUCGAUGUACGCCUAUGAGCAGACAGCAAUUUGUUACCAACAAGAGCCGCAACUGCCUAAAUCGCAGCUACCGUGCCUACAACAAUCAGCAACUACAACUACUGUGCAGAAAAUGAAUUUACAUCAAUAUCCACAAUUGCAAGAAGAACAACAAUAUCAGCUACAAGUUGUACCAAUGGUUCAAUCAAGCUACUCUAAAAGUUAUUUUCAACGCCAACACAAUCCCUCAUCAUUACAAAAUCUGCAACAAGCAAAUAAUUUUUCAAUAUCCUCUAACGAACAUUCGCAUCAUGGUGAUGGAUUAGCAACUUUACGGCAAACUCAUCUAAAUAGUUCACUUAGUGCAACUACUGCUGCAAUCCCAUCAAGCACUUUGCCCAUGGCCCCUGCCAAUCCCACGCAGCAAGCUCAACUUUACCCGGUUCAAUUGAUUUCAAUGGCUACGCCAACUCUAGCAGUCGAUGCCAGUAAUAGUAUUGGUCAGCGACAGCAAGCAUGCACUACUUCAACUGUAGUAGCCACGGUUGGUAAUGGAUCCACUCCUUGGCCACUUUUAGAGGCAACACCUGUUUUUAUUGACUCACAUGGAGAAUUCCACACUUUCUGCCCGACACAUGGUCACGCAGCUCUAAAUACAGUAUCAGUAGAAACCGUGGCCAGCCCUCAAUGUGUGUCAUUUAAUCAAACAACUCUCAGUUCCACACGACGGAACAUUUCGCAGCCUUCACAUUCCAAGCACUUUCAGAAUCCGUUACAACAUCAAACUCCGGUGGCAUCCACGAAAAUUAAUUCGUCUAAUCAUCUGAUGGUACAAAACGCAAAAGUAAACAAUCAAAACCAUCAAUCCCGUCAUCAGCAACAUCCCCAACAACAUCAGUUGCAUUAUCACCAGCAACAGCAAAAAUUGGAUUCGGACUUUAUACCAAACAUUUCUGGCAAGGGCAAACUUUACGGAGGUCCAACAACAGUUCAAAUGGUUUCCCAAAAUCGUCCGGCACCGAUUACAGUGCCAGUACAAGUCCCGCAAGGUCAAAUGAUGCAGCAAUAUGUUAACGAGAACGGAACUUUUGCACAUGUUGUGCUAUCACCCCAAUAUCAACAGCUCCAUUCCAGCCAAGGACAUAUACAUACACCUUUCAUGCAAGCUAGUGGAUCUUCACAAUUUUAUUCCACGCUUCCAGCGGGAUUUGCCCCCAGCCCAAAUAGUGGGCCACAUUUCCACACCUUGGCAAGUGGACACUUGCAGACGCAACAACCUUCCCAACUUCAAAAAGCAACAACACAACAACAGCAGACGGGAUCUCAAACUUUAUCACAUUCGCCUUCACCUCCAAAUAGCUAUCAUAAAGACGAGCGUACCCAACGACAACACACAAAAUUAUUACGAAAACUUGAGAAACAACGUGAGAUGAAUUCUGGUACUUCAGCACCGACUCAAAUACCACCUCUUCGCCGUAGCGAUUUAAAUGGGUAUCAUAAACUUUCAGUAAACUCUGCCAACAGUAGCCCAGUCAAUGGCACGAAGAAUUGCGAUCAGGUUACUACAAAUUCAGGGGGUUCGCCAUUGGUUACAACUAAUUUAAAUUCUUUAAAAAGUUCGAUUGACAAUAAAAAUCUCGCCCAGUUAAAACAGGAUACAUCCCCACUACAGCAACCAUUAAAACAACAUAAUAUUCAUUCUCAAACUGCGCAACGAAAUGGGGGCAUGAUACCAAAUGUAUCCCCAAGUGGGAUAAAUUAUGGUGUAAAUUUAGCUAGUUCUACAGGAGAUAAAGGAGAGUGCAAUUUAAACAUUAAAGAAGAUGAGGAGGAAACUCAUGCUUUGAUUAUAGAGCAAUUAUCUGCUAUACAAAAACCAAAUGUAAUUAAUUUGACUUCACGGUCAGCAAAAAUUAUUUGGGAGGCGCCAAUAAUGACUGGUUUACAGAUUGAUACUAGAAAUCUACGUUAUAAUGUGUUGCUUAGUGAUCGUACUAAGGACGGAAAAUACAAAAGUCUUUAUAAAGGUGAUUCAUGUGAAUGCAUCGUACAAGACCUGCAACCAGGUCAGAUGUAUGAAGUCCGAGUGCAGGUAUACUAUAACAAGACGCAGGGAACCGCUUCUGAAGCAUCUGAAUUCAUUACUCCAGCAUGUGAACCAGAUCAACCAAUGCCACCUAAACUGGUCAUGCGAACAAAGAAUUCGUUGCAUUUGCGUUGGACGAACCCAGCAGCAAAUGGUUCAUCAAUUCAGCAUUACUUACUAGAAUAUGACGACGGAAAAUCUGGAAUAUCAUUAUCUACUCGUCCCUCACGCCAAAAUAUUGAGAAUGAAGGGCAUAAUUUUGUCGAAGCAACGAAAACUAAAGGCAAGCACUACACUCUUACUAAAUUACAGCCUUCGACUGUAUACUAUUUUCGUAUGGCUGCCGUCAACGAAGUAGGUAUGUCAUUAUAUUCCACCAUUUGCUCAUACUGCACCUCGAAUAAUCCGCCGACUGCGCCGAAGCCUCCGAAACUACAUAGCAGCAGUUCGACAACUAUCCGCCUUUGGUGGGAACGCCGCCAACAGGAUGGGGAUUAUGUAUUGCAAAUACUUGAUCCCGAUUCAGGUCAUGGUUACCUUAAUGCUUACAAUGGCCCUGAUACGAAUCAUGAAUGUGGUGAACUGCGUCGAGCUACAUCAUAUCAAUUCCGGUUACGUGUAGAGAAUGAAGCAGGCAGUUCUCCAUGGUCCAAUGAGGUUACAUACCAAACAGCUUCUGAAAAACCAGGCAAACCAGGUAAACCACAUGUGAAAGGAAAAAUACAUGGCACACAUUUUCGAGCUCGAUGGGAUCCACCCACCGAUAUGGGAGGCGGCGAAAUAAUUCGAUAUUAUCUCGAAAUCACAUCUGGUUCUAAAUUUGAACGUAUUUACAGUGGUACAGAUACAGAGAGCAUAUGUGAUCGGCUCCAACCAGGUACAACGUACCAGUUGCGUGCGUCCUGUGAAGGUCCUGCAGGCGUCAGUCCGUACUCUGAUGUUGCCCAUAUUACAUCAGAAGCGUUAGUACCUUCCGCGCCUUCUCCACCUUACUACGAUAGUCCGCCUGGUCCAUAUGCGGCAGUUUUAAGGCUAGAUAAACCAGAAAAUAAUGGUGGCGCCCCCAUUUUAGAAUUUGAAGUACAAAUGCGUCGUUCUGUAGAUUCACAAUACGCUGUUGCUAAUAAAACUAAUGAUUAUUCUAUUGUUUACCAUGGACGAGAUACGUUUUGUGUGGUCAAAGAUUUACAACCUGGUUGGCCUUACGAGGUACAGGUUCGGGCAAUUAAUCGCAUUGGUGCUGGGCCUUGGUCAUCAUGGUUCCGCUUCUCAGCAGCUGCGGCACCUCCAAACGCACCAGAAAAUCUAAAUGUCACAAUCAAGUCGGCAACACAUUUGUUAGUAAAUUGGGAAGAGCCUAAUAAUAAUGGUGCACCUAUUCAGGAAUAUCGUUUAGAAAGCUUAACUACUGAAAAUGAAUCAGAUCUUAUUUGGGAAAAUUCCUCACAAAUAUCAUCAUCCAACACCUGUUACCGUGGUGGGCAAACGAGCAUCGAUUUGCGGAAUUUGUCACCUUUUACUAUGUAUUACUUUCGUGUGAAUGCCAUCAAUGCGGCUGGAGUGAGUAAGUGGUCAACAUGCGUAAACGCGCGUACAGCAGCCGCAGUCCCUGCUGCGCCACAAAUCAAAGAUUAUGAAUUUACUGCUAAUGAAUUAGUCUUCAAUUGGACUAAACCUGAAUGUAAUGGUGCUUGCAUCACUGCAUAUACCAUCGAAUGUGCAGAAAAAUCAGUUACUAUAACGGAUGCAAAUACCACACAUACAAUCGAUGGUUUAUUGCCCGAAACUACUUAUAAAGUUCGCUUGCAGGCUAUUAAUAGCAUUGGUUCGGGACCAUUUUCUUCUUACACUAAAUUUACUACAUUGCCUUCGCCCCCGGAUCCGCCAGCGCUUGAGUGUACAGGAGUGGGUCAUAACUUUAUAAAACUAAAAUGGGGUGAUGGGAAAAACCUUGAUUUUACCAAAUACUAUGUAGAAAUGUUUGUCCAACGUGCAAAAGAGUUCCAAAUUGUUUACUCGGGUACGAGUUGCAUGUGUAAAGUGAACAAGUUGCAGGAGAGCACCGCUUAUACCUUCCGCGUAUAUGCAAGUACUGAUCGUGCCGGGAUCGGAGAAUUUUCAAACGAAUAUAUUUUCAGCACGACUCCAACUUUGCCGAACAGCAUUAAAGCCCCACGGGUUGCCAUGGAAGGAGCUGCUGCAUGUUUACUAACACACGGUAUUGGUAGUGUAAGUGGUUUCGUUCCUUCUGGGAUACUUCCAGAAACACCUACAAGUUUUAUUGCCGGGCUAGGAAACCUUUCCUUAGGUAUACCACUUACUUUAGAAUGGCAGAAUUCAAAAAAUUUAUUCAAUGAUCCUGUGGAAUACGUAUUACAGUACGCAAUUGGUAAAGAUGGUGACUACAGACGGAUUUACAGAGGUCCAGAAACCAAAUUUACGAUUGAAAAUCUUGAGCCGGGAACUAUGUAUCAAUUUCGAGUUUGUCCUAUUCGUAUUACUAAAUCUGGUGAUGACUUAAUUGGACAAUAUACUUCAGCAUUUCGCUACCAAGUUCCACAUCUUUCAGCACUAGACGAUAUCGAUGGCAACUUGUUAGGAAAUAUGAGUAACGUUUUUGGAGCAGGCAAUAGAGGGAUAAAUAAUAGUAACAACGGACCCAUGAGUUGCCAUGGUCAUUCACACUUAGCGCAUCAUGUUCACAGCGUACAUACACAUCACUCUCACAGCCAUACACAACACAACAGUAGACAAUCAACGUCCAGUCUUCAUCAUCGUUCAGUAAGCGCAUCCGCCGCAAGCUCAAAUGGUUGUAAUGGCCAUAGCAGCACCAAUAUCAGCGAUAGUAGUAACAAUAGUGGUAACACUAUACUUAUCGGUCCUAAUGCCAUUGGCUUAAUACCUUUGGGUACAUCAAUAGGAAAUGAAUUGACUACAGUGGAAUUUGCUGGUUGUGAGGAUCCACUACAUCAUCACCAUCACCAUCAUCAUCAUCAAUUUCUUAGUGGAAAUGUUAGUUCAGGAUCUGAUUCCGUAGAAGCUGCACCAACCACAGCAUCUUUAUUGGCUGCUGCUUCGAAUAAUUUACUAACAAACAAUACACUAUUAGUUCAUGGUAUAGCUACAUCCAAUCAUACUCAAUAUGGUGUUAUACGCCGAUAUAUAAGCAAAUUAACUACGAUAUAUACAAACCGGAAACGUUUUACUGAUCAGGAAAAGGCGGUUUUAUUUAUGGUUUGCUUUUUGUUUUUCACGUUUAUAUUUGCAACGCUAGUUAAAGCACUAAUGCGAUAAGAAAUAACUAUUAUAGAAUCAGAAUAAGUAAGCAUUUUUUAAAAACGAAUGCAAUGCUUUUGCGUGAAUUAGUCGACUAAGAAAAGGACCUCGAAUUUUUGUAAGUUCAACUACUUAAAGUUCAUAUGUUCUAAUCUGAGCCGCUAACGUCAUAUAUAUAUGGUGAUAGUUUAUAAUCUAAUUCUACAUUCAUUCCACGUAAUUUGUUAAAUUGCAAUCCUAUUAAAUAUUUCUAGUGAAAUUAUAAAAUCGAAAAACAAUGAUUUCUUUUAUUAUUUAAUUAAAAUAUUUAA